AUGAUCUACUCCCAAGGCUUCAACUUCGACGCCUACGUCGAGAAAGGCGUCGACCCUCGUACAGGCCAGUACACUUGCGCCAUUGCCCUCUAUGAGGUUCCUUCCAGUGUCCGCAAUUGUCCACCCUUUAAACUGGUCCUGCACUACAAUCCCUUGAACGGCAACGACAUCGGACUCGGCAGAGGGUGGUCCUUCAUCCUCUCCUCCUAUGACCACCGUAACGCCAAAACCCUUUCCCUCUCAACCGGCGAGAAUUACCACGUCACUGAAUCAGCGAGCGCCGUGAUAGUGAACGACCAAAAGCUGCAGAACUUUGUGUUUCAGAAAAAAAGCACCUCGAACUAUCAAAUCACGCACAAGUCGGGUCUGAUUGAGGUUCUGACCAACGGAAACAAUGUCUUCAACACCACCGUGACGACCGAUAUAUACGGGACGAAUGGUCGCUCUUUGAAGCUCGUCUGGGUCCGUUCAGGCGACCAGCCGCGUCUGAGCAAGGUCCAGGAGGAUUCCCAGGACCUGGUGACGAUCGACUACACGGAUGCAGCAGUCACCAUCACACAGGCCCCCGGCACCAAUGAGUCAGCUGCAUUCACCCUGGUGAAACGCAAUAGUGAGCUGGUGGAACUCCGUCUCCCUCUCGCUGGCUCGCCAUCCUGGAAAUUCACCUACGGGACCUCUGGCCUGACCAAUGUUACCAACCCUGCAGGUGGCGUGGAGGAUAUCUCGUACAAGGCGAAUGGCCACCUGUUGCCCAGGGGGGCACCUGUUCAAGCCAUUCCGUAUGUGAUCUCGCACACAGCGCGGCCUCUUGGUGGCCAACCCCCUAUCGUCACGACAUACAGCUACUCCGACUUCAACUUCCUCGGCUACGGCGGUGGUCUGGAUUGGAGAGAUGGAGAGGACAACCUGUAUCGCAUGCCUGCGAGCUACCAGUAUACCUCCACCGUCCAGGUUGUGGGCGGAGCGACUACGAGGUAUACCUACAACAAAUUCCAUCUGGUCGUCAGCACGCAGCAGCAACAGGGCACGAAAGCAUCAACUCAAACCAUAGCAUACUACGCCUUAAGCAACACUGCCUUUGCCAACCAACCGGCACAGUACCAGCUCCCCAAGACCGCGCAAACAGCAUAUCGCGAUACUUCAACGGGAGCCUCUCGAACAGAGACCACAGAGUACGAAUUCGACAACUGGGGCAACCCCACCAGGGAAAAGCACCCGAGUGGCAUCACCACUACGCGAGAGUAUUAUCCUGCGGCCGGGGAAAUCGAGUCGGGCACAGGCAAAGUCCUCUGUCCUGCGGAUCCGCACGGUUUCCAGAGAUACCUCAAGCUCGAAGCCGUCACCCCAGCUGCCAGCAACUAUCAGACCCCCACCCGAGCCAAGCGCUAUACGUAUCUCAAGAUCUCGGCCGCGGCUAAUGCACUGACGAGUUACUUGGUGGCCACUCAGCAGCUGCACACAGUUGAGGAUGGCAAGAAUAUAUCGAGCACUGAGUGCAUGUAUAUCGACCAGCCUCAAGCAAGGGAUCACAGUCGUUUGCAGCGACAGGUCGCACGUCUACUUGAUCAAUAUGUCACGACGCACGAGUUUACCUACACGUACACAAACUCGUCGACGCUGAAGAAAGCCACCAAGAUGACCACCUUUGAUGGCCACGCAACACACGAAGAUAUCUCUUCGUCCUUGUUCUCCGGCUUGACUCUCUCGGAGAAGGACCACUCCGGCAUCGAGACUACUAAUCAGUAUGACCAUAUGGGUCGACUCACUCAGACCACCACCUCUCCCGGCACAAUCUUCGCGUCAACAGAGAGGACCGACUAUUCCCUCCUCGACAACGGAGUCGGUUGCCUUGUCACUGUCACCGAUCCCAAGGGGGUGCAAACCCGGUACUUCACCGACGGUCUCGAGCGACUGCUCCGUGUUGAGGCGCAGGAUGACGAUGGUACAUGGGACAUCUAUCGUGUCUACACAGGGACCUUCCGUGCCAUCCAGGAGCGCAGCUACAAUGCCCAGGAUCAAUGCAUCGAGGAGGUGGACAUUGACUGGCUUCGCACAGAUGCUCAUCCCACCGAGCAGCGGAGUACCCGGUCCCUGACAUACGACGACUGGGGUCAGGUCAGUCGGAUCACCAAGAACAACGGUGCAGUUAAUCUCUUCGCGAUUGAUCCCAUUACCAUGACCCAGACUGUUGGUGCCGAAGGGGAAGGCCAAACGAAGAUACAACAGAAUGCGUUCGACACCCCGGCCUCCGAGACACUCCUCAAACGCGACGGAUCGACCUACACCAGGGUCGAGUAUGCGUACGAUGGCAUAGGCCGGCGCAUGCAGAUGAAGGACAAUUCUGGUCAUGUCACCCAGUAUACCUACGACAGCUUCGACCGCGUGAUCCAGACGACCUGGCCCGACGGCCAUGCCACAACCACCCAGUACGCAGCCCAAAGUACUGCUGCUCUACCCGUAGCUAUCAAUCUCAAGGGGUCAUCAGGGUUCAGCACGCAGACAUUCGAUGGAUUGGACCGCCUUAUCCGAAGCACCGUCGGGGGACGCACCACCACCAACGCCUAUGCCGGCGUCGCCCCGGUCCCAUCCCUCGUCACGAGUCCCAAGGGAGGCCAGUCCCAGCUCACGCAUGAGCCCGCGUUGGACUUUUCCUUGACCAGUCGGGUCACGACCGAUGCGACAAGCUCAUAUCAGUACGACAAGCAGACAGCGGAUCUCCUCCGCAUGGCUAAUUCGUCCAUGACCACUGACCUGGGUUACUACCCAUCCCGUCUCCUCUCCCACGAGACCAACGAAGCAACACCCUCGACAAACUCGGCGCAGUAUGUCUAUUCCCAGGCCGGGCGACUUCAGAAAUACACCGACGUCCAUGGCCAGCAGCAUACCAUCCAGUACGACCCAUACGGUCGACCGCAAGAGAUCACCCUCGGCACGCUCAAAACCACACUGGGCUACGACCUGUCGGACCGCGUAACCAAGAGCGUCGUCCAAGAUGGCACGCAGGGUUCGAUCCUCACCACCGACACCGCCUACGAUGAAUUUGGCCGAGAGAUCCGCCGCGUGGUCCAACAAGGUGGAAAGACGUUGUACCAAACCGUCCAGUCGUACAGCGACACGGGUCUGGUUACUGCGCGAGACUGCACAGACGGGGAUGGGAUUACCAUUCGGUUGGAGAGCUUCCAGUACGACAAUCUGAACCGUCUAACCGACUAUCAAUGCCAAGGCACUCAACCACCGGUCGACGAGCAGGGCCGCUCCAUCAGACGCCAGGGAUUUGCCUUUAACUCCUAUGAUAGCUUCACACAGACCCGGACUGCCUUCGCAGACGGCAGUGAUAACAUUGCAAGCUACACCUACAGCCCCUCCGACCCGACCCAGCUCAUCCGCAUCACCAACACCCAUCCACAAGACACCCCGACAAUCAACCUCGAAUACGACGCCAACGGCUGCCUAACCCGCGACGAGCAAGGACGGACCCUCGUCUACGACGCCUCGAGCCGCCUCGCCGCCGUAUACAACCAGGGCCAGAAAGUCUGCGAGUACGUAUACGACGCAGUCGGUCGACUCAUGAGCCAAAAGAUCCCGAACCAACCCGACACCACCCUCUCCUACCGCGACAAUAUCCUCAUCGCAGUGACCAACGGAACCAAGCAAACCAGCUUCUCCGCCGAUGGAGGUCAGUACUGGGGUGAAGUGACCCGGGAUGGCGGCUCAACGAAGAGUCAGCUCUGGGCCUCCGACGCCCAGAAGUCCGUCUCCAGCUGGCUGGAGAACGGCGAGGCCCACCACCAGCAAUACACCCCGUAUGGCUUCAGCUCGGGCAGCACGGCGAUCGGCUUCACCGGCCAGUGGCGAGACCCCGUCACCGGGUGGUAUCAUCUCGGCAACGGGUACCGCGUGUACAACCCGCGGCUGAAGCUCUUCCAUAGUCCCGACUCGUGGGCCCCGUUUACCUCUGGGGAGAUCAAUCCCUACGCGUACUGCCUGGGCGAUCCGAUCAAUCGCGCAGACCCGAAUGGGCAUUUCAGUUGGAGGGACCUGGUGCUGGGGGUGGUGGGUGUCGUGGUGGGCAUCACGGUGGGGGUUCUCACCGCGGGAGUCGGCGUGGCCAUAGGCAUUGGCAUCGGCAUCGCGGCGGGUGUCGCCUCGGAUGUGGUCACCGGCGCGAUAUAUGAUGUCGCGAGCGGAAAGGCCCCCACCUGGGGAAGCGUGGGCACGGAUGCCCUGUUCGGGUUGAUCGGGGGAGUUGGAGGCGAGCUGCUGGGCAGGGGACUCGCGUACGCAGGGAAGGCCGCGGUGCGGUAUAUCGGACGGGAGGCCCCGGGGGUCAUUCGAGGAGCCCUCCGCACCCCGGUGGCUGCCAUCACCGAGACAGCCGCGGGCAGGGCCACCGCGGCGACGACCCACGGGGCUGUCCAAGUGCCCGAAUGGGUGCUGGAGAGGCUGCGGAAGGGGCUGCCCGUGCUGGGCCUGAGGGGAGGGGCCCCGGCAGGGAAGAAGGCUGCCAAAAAGACCACGCAGACGGUCGUCGAACGGCUGGCCUGGACGUGGGAUGAUGCGCGUGUCCUCAGAGGCAUCGACCGUUCCUCCCUGCAACAGACACAUCUGAACACAUACUACGAAUUCCGGGAUCUUGUGAAGGCCGGCUCACAUCCCUCUGAGGCUGUCAGGACAAUGGGCGGAGACUUGCACUUCGAAAGGCUGAGCGGGAGGCUGAAGGAUGUGUAUACCAUCCGGCUGAGCCAGGAGCAUAGGGUGGCUUUUACGAUUGACGCGCGUCAGAGGAACGUGUUCGUGCUUAACCUUGGGGGUCAUUAUCCGAAAUUGGCACUGGCCCAGGAUGGUGCAAUUCUGUAGUGACGUUGAUUUACUGUUAGAGAUGGGAAGGAGGGAUGGGUGUUGUUGGUAGGGACGAAAGUUGAUACAAGGGUUGGAGGUGGUCAUGCGGGGGCUUGCUCUGCCAUUUGCAGUCUAUACAACUGCUUGGGCCUCUUGG